AUGUCAUUUCCAAAGGAAUUUAGUGAAGAGACAAAAAGACUUGUCGCAGUAUGGCGUGACAUCGUUCUUGAUAAACAUAAAGAUGAUAAUGAUGAAAUUUUUUGUAGCGAUCCAUUAUUAAUUAUAAAAUAUAAUCAACCGGGUCUUGUUAGCCGAAAUAUCACAGAAAAUCAUGUUGCCCAAAUAAUCCUUGGUACUCCUGGCUAUACACCAAUACAAUUUCCUAAUGUCAGGCAUCCGCCACAAUCCAAUUCAGUCUUUGCAUUUAAUGGCAUGCAAAUUUUGGAAGAUGCUAUUACAAGAUUAUUUGAUAACUAUCAUAAUUCAGUGUUGGGACGACGACAUCCUACUGUUGGACGUGUCUAUGUUGUAGAAUUUCACAGGGCCAAUACAUUUGAAGCUUUAGAACGAUUCCAUAUCUUUGAUUGA